AUGAGUCGCGUGGCCGACAUUUUAGGUGAAGCUGGCCAUAAAGUGACCUACUUGGAGCCACUUUUCGUCGAGAAAGUCGCCGCGAAGGGGCCGAUUAAUAGGAAUGUUCAAAUCAUCGAAGUGCCACGCUCGAAAUUCAUCAUUCAUUUAUUCACCGCACAGAAAUCUGAUUCAAGCGGUUCGGCGAGAUGGGAAACGACAACGCUUACCGAUUUUUGGGUCACGAAAAAAUACAUCGAUCUGCUUCGAGUGGCCGCGUUGGAUUCAUUGGAACGUAUAAUUACGGACGAGAUGAUGAUGAAUCGCUUGAAAGCUCUUCAAUUUGAUGUAGCUAUUACACAACCCGUUGAAUGGAGUGGAUAUGGUCUUUUCUAUCGUUUGGGUUUAAAGAAGUACCUAACUGUUUUCUCAACAUCACCCGGCAUGACCUAUUCGACGAUUUUCGGAGCUCCGUAUGCGAUUAGUUAUGCUCCAGCGAUGCUCUCAAGGAAAAACGAGCGAAUGCCUUUCUACGAUCGAGCCAUGAAUUUUGUGUAUACUUUAAUGGAAAAACCUCUGUUCGACGGUGGCUACACUCCAUUCGAUGAUCUUUUAACAAGAAAUGAUCCCGAAUUCCCUAGCAUUCGGGAACUCGUCAUUCAAUCCUCAUUUUUCUUACCGAAUUCCGAGCCAUUAAUCGAUUUUCCAAAGCCAAAACUCUCGAAAAUUGCUUUUAUUGGUGGUUUAACAGUGUCAGGAUUGGAAAAGAGGGAAAAGUUGAAUGAGGAAUUUGAUGAGAUUCUAAAUCAACGAGCUCAUACGAUUUUCAUCUCAUUCGGCUCAAUGGCUCGCUCGGUGGAUAUGCCGAGAAUCUCAAAGGAAACAUUGAUCAAAGUGAUGAAUAUCUUUUCAAAUAUUACGUUCAUUUGGAAAUACGAAGAUCAAGAGGAUCCGAUUUUGAGAGAAUUGAAGGACAAUGUUCACACAGUUGUUUGGGCACCACAAUUGGCGCUUUUGAGUGAUAAACGUUUGACUGCUUUUAUUACGCAUGCUGGAGCGGGAAGCUUGCAAGAGGUGGCGAGUAGUGGAACGAAGAUAAUGUGCAUUCCUCUAUUCGCCGAUCAAUUCGGCAACGCGGGUCAAUUGGAGCGAGUCGGCGCGGCAAUCGUUUUCGAUAAGGCUCAUUUGAAAGUGGAGAAGAGAUUGGUGGAAGCGAUUCAGAGAUUGAUAAGUGAUGAUCGACUGAGGAUAAACGCUGAAAAGCUCGCCGAAAUGAUCACAAAUCGACCAUUUUCGCCAAGCGAGAUUUUGGUGAAGUACACAGAGUUUGCCGGCAAUUAUGGUCCUUUUUCUCAAUUGGAUCCCUAUGGUCGUCAUUUAUCGUUUAUUGAAUAUCAUUUAAGGCAAAAGUUGAAGGGAAAU